UUGCUCGGGACUCCCAAUGAGCAAGGGCGUGACGCAUUGACCCGUGAGAUCAUCGAGUGCACGAACAAGCAGAGAAAUUGGCUGGGCUCGCCCAUUUGUACCUUUUUGGGCUAACUCGUGUACUUAUUUUACAAUCCCAAAGGCCCCACACCUUCACUGUCAAUGAGUCAGAGUCCCAUAGAUUCCUUCGGGCAAGCAGAGGAGAGGGUGGCUCCUAUGCUCCAACGGUCCUCGAUCCCCGAUAGCAGGCUGAGGCCGCUCAUCUUGCUUCGUGAUGAUAAUCGCUGUGUCUUCACUGGUCUUUUGGAUAAGUCUUUUGUGCAUCAUACACCGGGGGAAUUCAAAGUGGCAGGACAGCGAGUCAAUGUGGCUAAAAUGGAAAUGGGUGUAGAGGGAACAAAACCCAAGGCCAGUGAGACAUAUGUCGCUCACAUUGUCAGUAAGUCUCUAUCGGAGGACAUCGAUUGCCAGUCAGAAUCGGGAACAAAGCUCGAGUGGGCAAAGAAGGCAGCGGCAUUGAUCGAGCGGUUUGGAGGUUUUUCCUCCAUCCAGAUGCUUGGGGAUCAUUGUCUGAACAGUCCGUUGAAUGCAUUCACAGCAUCGGAUACACCGCACAAGCAGUUCGACAGCCUCGACCUGUGGUUAGUGCCAGCUCUAGAUGAUGAGAACGUCAUCAUUCCCAAUGUUUACGUUCCACAGCACUCUGGGGGCAUCAAUAUGUUAAAUGAAUUUGGAAUUCGACCAAUUGUCAACUUCAAAGAGGCUAAAACCGAAGAUGAUCAGGUCAUCCAUCCUCCUGACCCACGUCUCAUCGUCCUGCAUGCAACCUGUGCAUGGGUUCUUCAUUCAUCUGGCGCCAUAGACCAUGUACGGGAGCUUCUCUUUCGAGAACCUGAACCGAUUUCGCUCAAGCCAAAUGCAGUUCAAGAGCUGUCUGAAGCUCUCGAGAUGUUGCGGUACACUCGGCACAUUCAGCACAUUUCCUUGGUGGCCUAAUGGUUUUCACAUUCCACCCAACCUCUCCCUUUACUUCAAUGUUGUGUGUAUUUCUCUGCUUCCACUUGCUUCCACACCAAAUUGUGUCACCGGGUGUGGCGGGCCACGGACCCAGCUGGAGCGCGAAUGUCGACCCGGCCGGUUUCAGUGCAUUCGGUCGGUCUCGACGAAAAACAAACCAACAUAACGAUGGUGACUUAUGUAAUAGUUGUGCCCACCGUCGGAAUGAGUAACAUAUCCGAAACUU